UUAAAAAAAUGUAAAUAUUUAUGAUGGAAUGGAUGAACUUCAUCAACAGGUUAGCUAUUGCAUAAAAUAAAGUUCUUGUUUUUCUCUCUCACGUUUAUAAACCUCUAGCUUCUUGACAUGGAUUUGCGGCAUCAUCCAGUCAUUUAUCUGCCUUACUGUCAUUUUUACUCGGAUUCUCUUCUCAAUAAAUUUCUAGAAAAAUGCAAUGUAGAGGUCAUAGGAGCGAGUGUAUUAUGCAAUUUGGCAGCUCGUUGACAAAUGAGAUAUCUGAUGAAAGGAUUCUUUGUAUUUAGAUUUUACUUCUUGUAGUUGGCUCAAUCCGAAAGUUUUGUUCCCUAAUUAAGUGAUAUUACUAAUGGAAUUCGUAAUUGGUGGUGCGGCAGCAUGUUGUGCCGGCGUUUUUACAAAUCCUUUAGAAGUUGUAAAAACUCGAUUCCAGUUACAAGGUGAACUUCAAAAUCGUGGAGUAUAUACAAGGCAUUACAAGAAUGCUUUUCAGGCGUUUUAUGUUAUAGCUAAAGAAGAUGGAAUUUUGGCUCUGCAAAAAGGUUUAGUUCCAGCUCUGUGGUAUCAAUUAUUUAUGAAUGGAGUACGUCUUGGUUCUUUUGAUUUUUUGCAAAAAAGUGGUUUCAUUAACUCCGGAGGGGAAAUUAGUUUCCCUAGAAGUAUUGCUGCUGGAGCUGCUUCUGGAUGUAUUGGAGCUUUAGUAGGAAGCCCUUUUUAUAUGGUGAAAACCCAAAUUCAGGCGCAGUCAUCAUCUACUAUAGCUGUUGGAUUUCAACAUCAGCAUCAAGGAUUGCUUAAGGCUUUUCAAUCUGUUAUAAGUAAACAUGGUUUUCUAGCUUUAUGGAGAGGAGCGAGUGCUGCUAUGUCAAGAGUUACAUGUGGCUCGGCUGCACAACUUGCUACUUUUUCGAAUUCCAAAUCUUUUAUUGAAAAACUUCAGAUAUUCAAACCUAAUAGCUGGCUUUGUGCUCUGGCAGCUAGUAUGUUAGGUGGAGUUGCUGUAGUAGUGUGUAUGACACCAUUAGAUGUUGUUUCAACUCGUAUGUAUAAUCAAGGUGUUGAUAGUAAAGGAAGAGGAUUGAUUUAUUCAGGAUUGUGGGAUUGCAUGCGCAAGAUCACUAAGAAAGAGGGUUUACUAGGAUUUUAUAAAGGAAGCACUGCCUCUUUAUUACGUACAGGACCACAUACUGUUCUUUCCCUCAUGUUUUGGAAUGAAUUUCGAAAAUUGUACGAUUACUAUGGAUCCGAAGUUCCUGAAGCUGAAGUAGCACAAUUAUAAAAAAAAAAAAAAAAAGUUAGAAAUGUUUUGUUAAAAUCAAAGUAAUUGUUUAUUAUGCAAUUAGAAUCUUAUAUUAGAUACACCUUAAUAAUUAUAAAUUCUUUUGCUAAGUUAAGUAGUUUUAUUUUCUUCUUAAAGCAUGCUGAAUCUCAUAUUUAUUAUUAGGUUUUCUAUUUUGUUAUUCUUUUAUUCUCUAGAAAUAUAUCUGAACUAAAUAAAUCAGAGAUUUUUUUUUAAAUGUGCCAGUAAUUUAGAGUUUAAAAAGAGUGUGCCAAAAUAAAUAAUAUAGUUGAUUUAAGUAUAAAAUUAUGACUUAAUUAUCAGCAUAAAAUAUGCAUUAUUGUAGAUUUUUAGCUUUUUAAAGUGUUAUCAAAAAGAAUAAAACCAGGGGGAAAUGUAAUAAUUUUAUAUUUUUAUUAAAUUCUGAAUCAAGUAGCAAGAUUUUAAAAAAUUAUGAAAAGGAAAUAACAUUAUCAAAACAGGAAUGUGCAAGAGUAAAUUAUAUACAAAGUAUUUGAUAACUUUUUUAUUUUUGUGAAUAUUUUAUUUUCAAAUUUGUUUUUAAAAUUUAAAAAUACAGUUUAUUUUUCUUAUAAUUGGGUUCUAUGUAACAAGAAGCAGUUUUAUAUUCCUAUAAAUUAUGAUAAAUUUAUAAUAAUGUUGAAUUGCCUAAGCCAAUAGUAUUCCAUCUCUUUUAUUCAAAGAUUUGAUAUAUAUAUUUUUUCAGACAGUAUUUUAUCCUUUAAUAUUUAUUUACCUAUAAAUGCAUUUAAAUUUUAAAAAUGUAUUUAAUAAAUAUACUGUUGACAUUUUCUUUUAAUAAAUGCUUAUAUUAAAUCUGUGAUAAAAUGAAAUAUUUCUCAGUUUUGAUUUAAAAAUCUGUUUUAAUAUAUUACUUAUUGAAAAUUAAAUUUUAUGAAGGAACAAUAUAUAUAUAUUGUACAUAAUUUAGCUACAUUUUAUCAAAUAAAAAUACUCAUUUUAUAUAUAUUUCUACACUUGUUUAAAACUUGUAUUGGAGUAUGAUAUUUUUGCAAAAGCAUGGCUACAGAAACUGAAAAAAAAAAAAAAAAAAUCAGUGACUAAUAGCUACUAUUAUAUUAUUGUCCUGGCUUUCUCUCUACAGUAUUUGUACAAAAUUCAUUAUUAAAAACAUUUCUGCUAGUUAUUUUAUAUGAAACAAAAAGAAUUUUAUGAAAUUAAUUUUUUUUAAAUGGAAUGAACACCUUAAAAUUAUUAAAACAGUAUAUUAUAUUUCUUAUAUCUAAAAAUUACUGGAAAUUUAAACAAUAUACUUAGCUUUUACAAGAAUUCUAAGAAACAUUAAAACUACACUUUGCAAUAUAAGUUAUAUUUUGUUAAUAGUACAGGUAAUUAUGAUUUUUUUUCGUUUAAAGUGUUAAAAAGUUUAAUAAUUAAUUGUAACUUUCUAUAGACCAGAAUAACAUUUCGCAGUAUAAAUAUCAAAAUAGCAUAAUUAUACAUACCUAAUAAUAAAUGCUUUAACAAAGAUUUAACAAGAGAAACUGAUAUUUGUUACUCAAAUAUUACUUCAGAUUUUUUUUUCUUUAACAAUUCAUAAAAAAUUAUUCUAAUCAAAAUUACUUAAAACUUAAAUAUUUUUAAAAAUUCCAUAUAAAUAAUGCUAGACAUAUCAUAAAAUUAUUCAAGCAA